AUGCCUGUAACCAAAAAGAACCUCAAGGCGACCAGGAAGUUCGAGAAGAACCACCUCAAGGGCCAAAAGUCCAAGGAUGCCGAGUUCUACAAGAAGGACAAGCCCGAUGAGCGUCGACGACUUUUCAAGGGCGGCUUCGAGUUCGUCGAUGACAAGAAGGCCGCCGAUAAGGCCUCUAAGCUGGGCAAGAGGAAACGACCCGAGCCCGCUAAGAAGUCCGAGGACAAGGGCGAUGACGACGGUGAUGACGAGGGCGAUGAAGACGACGACGAUAUGGGCAUGUCGAAAAAGGCCAUGGAUGACCUUGCGACAAAAGAUCCAGAAUUUUACAAGUUCCUGAAGGAGACCGAUCCCGAGGCCCUCGACUUUGACGAAAACGCCGACCUUGCCGAAGUCGAUGCCCUGUCCGCCAGCGAGGACGAGGGCGAAGAUGAGGACGAGCAGCCCAAGAAGAAGCAGAAGAAGGAAAAGAAGGCCAAGCCCGAGAAGCAGGCGAACAACCGCACGGAACUGACCGUUGAGGCCGUGGCCAAGUGGAAGCAAUCCAUGAUCGACAACCACUCCCUCAAGGCCGCUCGGCAAAUCGUGCUGGCCUUCCGCAGCGCCGCCCACGUCAACGAGGCGGACGACGAGGACGACAAGAGGAACAAGAACAACUUUAUCAUUUCUAGCCCCCAGGUCUUCAAUGACGUCCUGGUGGCGGCACUGAGGCAUAUCCCCGCCGUGUUAAAUCACCACCUACCCAUCAAGGAGUCUGCGGCCGGCAAGCUCUACGUGCAGACCGAGUCCAAGAAGUUCAAGACCCUCUCCCUUCUCCUCAAGACCUACACUGCCUCCGUCAUCCACCUCCUCAGCUCCUUGUCCGACGACAAGACGCUCAAGCUCACGAUAUCUUCUCUCGAGCCCAUCCUCCCCUACCUCCUUACUUUCCGCAAACUGCUCAAGGGCCUGAUCAAAACCGUUGUCCACUUCUGGUCCCAGGUCGCCAGCUCCGAGUCCACCAAGAUCACAUCCUUCCUCGUCCUCCGGAGGCUCGUCGUCAUCGGUGACAAGGGCGUCAGGGAAUCGGUGCUCAAGAUGGCCUACCAGGGUCUCAUCCAGGGCUGCCGCGUCACCAACUCCAACACGAUACAAGGCAUCAACCUACUCAAGAACUCGGGCGCCGAGCUGUGGGGCAUCGACCAGAACGUUGGCUAUACAACGGCCUUCCUGUACAUCAGGCAGCUGGCGCUCCACCUCCGCAACAGCAUCGUCCAGAAGAAGAAGGACUCGCAUCGCAUCAUCUACAACUGGCAAUACGUCCACUCGCUCGACUUCUGGUCCGUCGUCCUUUCGGAGCACUGCAGCCCCCUCAAAGAGGCCGAGGCUGGCAAAGAGAGCCAGCUCAAGAUGCUCAUCUACCCCUUGGUCCAGGUGACCCUCGUCCUCAACGCCGCCGAGAUGAAGAAGCCCUCCAAGUCAUCCACCCUGAAACCCCUCGACUUCAGCGUCAAUUACAAGUGCCCCAAGUCCUACCUACGCACCCGCACCUACCAGGAUGGCGUCGGCGACCAGGUCGUCGAGCUCAUGAGCGAGUACUUCCUCCUCUGGGCCACCAACAUCGCCUUCCCCGAAUUCUCCCUCCCCGUCGUCAUCCAGCUCAAGCGCUGGCUCAAGCAGACCCGCCGCAAGUUUGUCGGCAACAAGAACACCAAGCUCACGUCCUCCCUCAUCACCCUCGUUCAGAAGAUCGAGGCCAACGCCACCUUUGUCGAGGGCAAGCGCGCCAACGUUGACUUUGCCCCCAAGGACAGGGCCCAGGUCGACGCCUUCCUGCGCGACUUCGACUGGGAAAAGACCCCGCUCGGCGCCUACGUCUCCGCCCAGCGCAAGAUGCGCGCCGAAAAGGCCAAGCUCAUGGAGGAGGCCCGCAAGGACGACGAGAAGAGGAGGAAGGAGGACGAGGCUAAUGCGGUCAACGGCGCCAACGAGUUCGACGAUGCGGAGGAGUACGAUGACGAGGAUGAGGAGGUGGAUUUCCUAGGCGAGGAUGACGAGGAUCUGGAUGGCGAGGAUGAUGGAGAUGAUUUGGAUGAUGAGUAA